AUGUCGGCGCUGCAAAACAUAAACGCGAACUUCGAUCAGGUCGGCAAGGCUUUUGUCGAACACUACUACAAGAUGUUCGACGCCGAUCGCUCGCAGCUUGGUCCGCUGUACAACGACACGUACUCGAUGCUUAAUUUCGAGCACAGCGAAGGGCGACCGGGCCAGUUCAAGGGAAGCGCCGCGAUCGUGGAGAAGCUGCGAACGUUGCCGUUCCAGAAGGUGCAGCACCAGGUGGUGACGCUAGACACGCAACCGACGCCGAACGGUGGGGUGAUCGUGAUGGUGUGCGGAAAUUUGCUCAUCGACGGCGAACAGAUGCCGACGAAGUUUUCGCAGGCUUUUACGCUCCUGCCGACGGAAGCCGCUGGUUUGGCUCCGGGUAGCUUCUUCAUCUUCAACGACUUGUUCAGGCUCAACGUCGGAUGA